GAUCUUUUUUUUCCAGCAGUGCGCACAUCUACGCUGCGGAUCGCACCCCGAGUUUUCUGGUCAAAUCACAAUGUUACGUUCGGUUUCAACUCAAGGUCGCCUGCCCUCACGGCUUGUCUUCAUCGCAAGGUUAUCCAAUUCAUUUCGCGCUCAUUUCACUGGUGCCCACGCAGGACAUCGCAGCAAAUGUUGGCCUGUGCUCGCUUCGCUCAGCUCUUCAUAGUGCAGCGCAGGUUCGGUUCCGGUAUCCAGUCGCGCUGCCGCGCAUAUCAGUUUUGCCAGCACGCAACGUCGUGGAAGGGGCUCGGGCGGGCCGGGCCCGAUGGGGGGAGCUGUGCGAGGAGAGAUGCUCCGGUUGCUCCUGGGCGCGACGCAGCGCCUGUGUGGGGCGCGCGGCGCGCGGUGCUGCUGGCACGGAAGCCCGACUCACGGGCGGCUUGGUGACGGCCCGCUGCGAAGCAGUGUGCGAUGGGCAGGGCGCCGGUCGGGAGGAGAGCGAUGACUUCGUCGGACUCCGAAGGGGGCCUGGACGUCAAGAGGUGGAACACCCUCUACCCCAAUUACAUCAACUCCAAGAAGACCGUCCAAGAGGGCCGCCGGAUCGGCGCUGCCAAGUGCGUCGAGCACCCGCACGCUGCGGAGAUGGCGAAGGUGUGCGAGUUUCUGAAAAUUCCGCACGUGCUUGAGAUGGACAAGGCGUACCCGCGGGACUGGCUCAACCGCGGGCGCGUGAAGGUCCUCCUUAAGACGGAGGACGGGAAGUUCACGCACCCCGAGAUACACACAAAGACCGCGCUGAUGUGCAAGAUGGGCGAGCUGAUACCCCAGCUCGAGAACAGGAAACGCAUACAGCAGCAGGCGGCCGCCUCUGGCGGCGCCGCCGCUGCCGCGAGCAGCGGGGCGGCGCCGACCAGGGAUCAGAAGAAGGAGGCCAAGAAGGAGGAGAAGAAGGCCC